AUCGAUCCAAGCACGACUUUUGAUGCGCCCACAUCCAGCCAGCGCGGUCCGGGCUGUGCUGUGCAUCCUCGUCUCCUCGAUCGAUCGAUACCUUCCGUGCAUACAUGCUCGAUUCCUUUGCCGCCAAAAAAGAAAAACUACGUGCGCGCGCGGAUCGGAGUUGACGAAUCGCGCGCACACAGUGCAGCUCACGGCUCCUCCGAUCCCUUUGGCUCCCUCUCUACAAAGCAAGCAGAGCCAUGGCGAGACGAUGAGACACGCAUACACGCGACGCAACAGCUUCUUACAGCAGCAGCAUUAAACAGUCGAUCGGCAGCUAGCCUAGCAGAGAACUAAAAGAAAACGUGACCGAUGCCGGCGGCAAGCAGGGGGGUCUCGGGCAGCCCACGGGCGAAGCGGUCGGCCGUGCUCCGCUGCCUGGUGGUCGCGCUGAUCUCCACCAUCCUCCUCGCGGGCCUCGUCGUGCUCAUCUUCUGGCUGAUCGUCCGGCCCAAGCCCAUCGAGUACACCGUCACCCACGCCGCCGUGCGCCACCUCAACGUCACCUCCCCCGCCAACAACGCCGCCGCGGCGCUCGUCAACGCCACCUUCUACCUCACCUUCUCCGCCGACAACCCGAACCGCCGCCUGUCCGUGCGCUACAGGGACGUCGCCUUCUCCGUGCACUACGGCGCCGGCAACAGCAAUGACGACAAGGCGUCGGCGCCGCUGGCCGUAGCGGACCCCGUGGCGGACUUCCGGCAGCCGCCCCGGAACGAGACGCGGCUGGCCGUGCGCGCCGUGGCGCGGUCGGUGCCCGUGGCCGGGGAGACGGCGCGGGAGCUCGAACACGACCGCGCCGCGGGGGAGGUGGGCGUCGAGGUGCGCGUGAGCGCGCGCGUCCGCUUCGUCGUCGGCGGUGUCAGGUCCAGAAGGUAUGACAUGAGCGCGGUCUGCUCGCCAGUGGUCAUCGGCUUGUCGCCGGCCGCGGCGAGGUCCUUCAGGAGCGUGCCGUGCGACGUCGCGAUUUCGUGACACGACAGGGAUGUGAUGCGUGAGUGGCGUCUCCUGAUCAGUUCUUUACUCACUGUGCCGGCCACUGUGGUACUGUCCCCUGUGGAGUGUUAAUUUUAUUCUUUUGAGCCGUGUGGAGUGUUAAUUGGUUUGGAUUCAAUCGUUCUGUAGACAUAUUAUGUUACUACCUUUUUUUUCCCACCUUGGGAUGAUCUUAACUUAUCGUUUUGUCAUCUUUGAUGCUUA